AAUAGGACCUAGUCAAUCAACCAGUCUAUAUAGUUUAUAGUAUUUUGAAUAGAUGGUUUUUAGAAAAAACUUCACUGUUGGAGUACAGUACAUCCCUUUAGCAUUCUGCAAUCUUUUUGUUCAAACAAACUAAUUGGGUAACUACAACAAGCGCAAAGGUUGUAAUCUGUCUGGCUGCUCUAAUCCAAUCACAGUUCUCCUCCUGGAGAAAAGCAGGUCAGCGGAAGGAGUCAGUAACUGGCACUAUUGAAGAUAAAUGCAAGCUUUAACCCUUGGCGUGUCUCAGAGUGACGUGAAGAAGAGGCUGAAGUCCAGUGGUGACUGAGCUUAAGAGCUCUGUGGAAGACUCGGCACAUCACUGGACUCUGAAUCUCAGAGCGCCAACUUGGACUGCCCUGUUUGUUGUCUCCCUUGAGCUGCAGUCAAAGUACAUUACGAGUGGGAGCAAGCUGCUGUAGCCCUCAGCACGUUCAAUAAGUAACUCACUCCAGGAGAGGCAAGAAAGCACAGUGUAGGUACAUGCGGUGUAACAUGGAGAGUACAGGGGUCUGGCUGAGGUGUCUAUUGCUGUCUGUUCUCUGUUUGAUGGAAGUGCACUCCAAACUGCCUCCUGCAAAGAACACCCAUGUGCUUUCCCCUGAAGAACACAAACUAGUGCUCAACUUGGGACUUAAAGAGUUUCCUGGUGACUGUCAUGAGAUCUGGCAGAGCUCUGGGGGCCACGCCCGAGAUGGGGUCUAUCUGAUCAAGCCAGCGGGGUCCCUUAUUCUGGUCUAUUGCGCCAUGCAGGAUGGGGGUUGGACUGUGGUGCAGCACAUCACUGUCAACAGCAGCGUGGAUUUCGACCGUACCUGGGACGAAUACAAGCUGGGCUUUGGCGCCCUCACCGGUGACCACUGGCUGGGCAAUGAAUACCUCCACCAGAUCACCAGCAGAGCCGGCCGAUUCAAGCUGGGGGUCAAGCUGGUGGACAAGGAUGCGGUCACCAAGUUUGGCGAGUAUGACCCGGUCCUGGUGGAGAACGAGGAGGCUCAGUACCGGCUCCGUCUCGGCCUCUUCCAGGGCACGGUGGUGGACGCCCUCACGCAGGACCCCGAGAACUAUCUGCACGACAACCAGAAGUUCACCACCAAGGACCGCGACAACGACAACUACUUCCAGAACUGCGCCAAGCUGGAGUUUCAGGGAGUGCCGGGAGGGGGGUGGUGGUACGAUGCCUGCGCUGGGGCCAACCUCAACCGACGAAACGUUCUCUACUGGCAGAAGGACUGCAGCAAAGAGCAUAUAUGCAAAUAUGCCUGGAUGAUGGUGAAGCCCUCAGAUAUGGUGACGGUCAUCAAUGGGAAGUGUAAGAAGGAUGAGCUGUAAUUAAAUUUGGUGAAAUUACUCACGUGGGGAAAAAAAAAAUUGCCAUAAUUUUCAAAUUAAUUGCGAUAUAUUUGGCAUAUAUAUGCCAAUACAGAUCCAUCCUCAAAUAUAUUUUCUAUUGUUAAAAUUAUAUGAAAACUGCCCAUUUUAAUAUUCUAGUGCCAAUAUAAUAUUGCGAAAUAUAUAUUACAUGUAUGUUUUUUUCCAUGUGGGAAAGGAGGGGAGGGGUUGCCAGCAGCACUCACUUGAGAGUAUUAUCCGUGAUGUAUUUUUCCACUUUUGAGUAGAGUACUUUAUCUAUUCCAUCCUAUAAUUAUGACUUGGGUCCCAAUCACCAUUUUUAUCCAUGGUGUUGAGUUAAUUAAACAUUAAAAUAAACAUUUCGUAGUGUGAGAAGCAAUGUUUGCAGAGCCAAAAUAUAAGAAUGAUUCUCAUAAAAUAACAUUGCUAAUUGCUUUCUUUAAAUAAGGCAUAAUAUAUAUUUCAAUUUGAAAAUACACAGGUACAUAGUCACAAAAUACAGAAAAAAGUCAAUAUUGACUGAUUUGUCGCAAUACACCUGUAAAACAUGAAAAACGUGUAGUUCAUCAGUACAAAAAUGUGUGGAAAAUGCUUCACGUACAAUGUUUUAAACACAGUGUGCCUGUGUUCUAUUCUGCUUUAAAUGAUGUCUUUCCAAGAUUCAAUUGAAAUGCUUUUUUCCAGAAAGAUCAUGGAUAAUUAUUGAAAUGUGAUUAAGCCAUUCAUUACUUACUUGCAAUGUGGAUCAAAUGUUUAAGUAUGUCAAUUUGAAUAUGUACAACUGAAAGUGGUUUGGAUGUGAUGCGCGAGAAAUAGAGUGUAUUUCCUGGAACAGUAAGGAAGAAAAAUAAAACAAAAUAAAGUAAAGAGGCAAACUUGUAUUGAUAAAU